UGUGGGACCCUCCGCUCCGCCCCGCUCCGCCCCGCUCCGCUCCGGCCGCCCGCGCGCCGCUCCUCCGAGGCAGCCGAGCCGCCCGCGCGCCGUCCCCGCUUCCUAUGUUCCAGGCUGGUGCCGGAAUUCACACCUCUACCUGUUUCUCCCAGCUCUGCAGACUUGUGCCUCUCUGAACCUCAGUCUCCUGAUCUGCAAAAUGGAGCCCGUGCCCUUGUGAGGCUGGCAUGCAGGAUGGCCGGCCAGCCCAGCCACAUGCCCCAUGGAGGGAGCCCGAACAACCUCUGCCACACCCCAGGGCUGGCACACCCCCCUGACCCACAGAGACACCCAAACACCUUGUCUUUUCGCUGCUCGCUGGCCGACUUCCAGAUAGAGAAGAAGAUAGGCCGAGGACAGUUCAGCGAGGUGUACAAGGCCACCUGCCUGCUGGAUAGGAAGACCGUGGCUCUGAAGAAGGUGCAGAUAUUUGAGAUGAUGGACGCCAAAGCCAGGCAAGACUGCGUCAAGGAGAUCGGCCUCCUGAAGCAAUUGAACCAUCCCAACAUUAUCAAGUAUUUGGACUCGUUUAUUGAGGACAAUGAGCUGAACAUUGUACUGGAGCUGGCUGAUGCGGGUGACCUCUCACAGAUGAUCAAGUACUUUAAGAAGCAGAAGCGGCUCAUCCCGGAGAGGACUGUGUGGAAGUACUUCGCACAGCUGUGCAGUGCCGUGGAACAUAUGCACUCUCGCCGGGUGAUGCACCGAGACAUCAAGCCUGCCAACGUGUUCAUCACAGCCACGGGGGUCGUGAAGCUUGGUGACCUUGGCCUGGGUCGCUUCUUUAGCUCUGAGACCACUGCAGCCCACUCCCUAGUGGGGACACCUUACUACAUGUCACCAGAGAGGAUUCAUGAGAACGGCUACAACUUCAAGUCUGACAUCUGGUCUCUGGGCUGUUUGCUGUACGAGAUGGCAGCUCUCCAGAGCCCCUUCUACGGAGAUAAAAUGAACCUCUUCUCCCUCUGCCAGAAGAUCGAGCAAUGUGACUACCCGCCUCUCCCUGGAGAACAUUACUCUGAGAAGUUACGAGAACUGGUCAGUAUGUGCAUCUACCCUGACCCCAACCAGAGACCGGACAUCGGAUAUGUGCACCAGGUCGCCAAACAGAUGCACGUGUGGACUUCAAGCACCUGAACAUGGGCGCAGCGGGCCUUAUCAGAGCCGCACCACUCUGCCUUACUUGAGUCUUCUUUCCAAAGUGGCCGCCUGGUAGCCUAGACCAACUAAGACCAGAGGGUUCGGCAGGUUCCUGAGGGGGCCGGGCUUUGACGCAGACGCUGAAAGCAGAGCAGCUGGGGGGAGGGGCACCAGUCACACGUUAACUGGUGGUCACAUUCGAAAGUCCUUUCUUUAAACUGUCUGUGGACAAUCUCAGCUGGGUUGUUACCAAGGGUGGGUGGUUCGGCGAGCCACUGACACACACACCCUUGUAUCUGGAUCGUAAUGUGAAUCUUCAGGAUAAUUCCUUCAGUGACCUGUCAAGGUUUCUAAGAACAGGAGAAUUGCAGGAGACUGUGUGAUUUGUAGUGAGCCUUUCAAAAUGGUUAGUAGCAAGUUCAAUUUAGCUCUUAGAAUCUUUUUUAAAAAAUCAAGCUGUGUGCUUGCUCUGUUGUAAAAGGAUAAAAUGGAAAUAAUUUUUUAAAGUAGAGUGGAGAUCUUUCUAAUAUUUUUAUCCAUGUUUAUAACUUGAUGAAUGACGAUGAGGAGAACCCAGCAUCUGGCACAGAGUUUCAGAGGCAGAUAGUAUUUUGAAAGCCAUGUGUGUUUUCCAUGCAGCCGCUCAGCCCUCUUCUCCUGAAUACCUGCUCUGUCCCAGGCAGGUCAGGCACUCCGUCACCUGCUGGAAAUGCUGGCAGUUCAUUUAACAAUCAGUGUUAAGCGUUCUCCUCUGUGGGAAGGAAGCAUGGGAUCCAAAACAUAGAAAUAUAAAAUGUGCCCUCAGGCUGUUCUCUGUGUAAGUUCUGGUUCUGCAGCCACCUACCAUGACCCUGGGCAACUCUCUCAGCCUUUCUUAGUUUCCUCAUCUGUAAAAUGGGACUAAUAGUAUCUACCUUCAGCGUUGCUGGCAGAAUUGAAAAUAAAGUACGCGAGUAACCAAGAACAUUGUAGAUGAUCCAAAAAUCAUAGCCACUCACCCCUUCACAAAACUGAAGUCCAUGGACCAUGCAAGUCAAGAAUUAACGUACAACUGUAUUAUACAUAGGAAACCAGAACUAUGUUCACUUAUUUCUUAUUCCCAAAUAGGAUUAACUGUGAAGACUAAUUUAUAAAUGUGAACUUAAGGAAAACUCAAGCUCUGAAGGAAAUAUUUUGCUUUUCUACUCAAGUUAAUCCUCAAAUGGUCUAAGUAUCUGUCACCCAUUGACUUGGUGACAGUUCAGCCCUCAGAUAGAGACAUGCCCGCCUACUCAGUGUUCUGGUCAGGUGCUCUGACUGCAGCCAGCCUGCUGACCAGGGGCCCAGGCCCCUCUGGGGACAAAAGACUUGGGCUGGGCCACUGCUCUGUUUCCAUGUGUGAACUCUGUUCUACUGUAACCCUGUCGGGUUUGAGACAUUUUCUUCAGAUGCAACCUCUGCUUUGUUCUUGUUCUCCAUGUUGGAAAUAAAAUGGGGGAAGAGGGGUCA